UCAACCCAGCUGAGCAAAACCAAGCAAACAAGUGUUUGGUGCAAACACAGGGACUCUAUGAUUAAGCAUCGGGCUCAGAAGCCUCCCCCUGGGCAGCACAAGCACUGUGAGAGAUGUUUCAACCGGCACUGCCGUGCACCGAUUGAACCCUCCAUCUCCUGCAUGGUGAUCAGCUGCCACCUUCACUGCGGGGCCACCUUUCACAUGUGCAAGGAGGAGGAACACCAAUUGCUCUGUCCCUUAGAGCAGGUCUCCUGCCUCAACUCGGCCUAUGGCUGUCCUUUCUCCAUGGCCCGCUUUAAGCUGGCAAAGCACCUUCAGGUCUGUCCAGCCAGUGUUGUGUGCUGCUCAAUGGAGUGGAAUCGCUGGCCAAAUGUGGAUUCAGACACUACCCUCCAUGAGAACAUUAUGAAGGAAACCUUGAAUGAAGACUGUCUUGACACGGCCUUGGCCCUCAGAGACCAGAAGAUACUUUUCAGGACUUUGAAAAUGGCUGAAUUGUUUCCGGAAUGGAGAGAAAAGGUUGAAUUGGAAGAGCUGAUGGAUGAAGCCACAGGGGAGGAAGGUGCUGUGGGAGGAUUAACCUGUGGUUCCCAAGACGGGGAUGUCCAGUCAUCUGAGCUCAGCCAACGUGAGCGUGAAGAACUGGCCAAGGACAAAGAAGGAAUGGAUCUGGGGGGUUACAAAACCUGGGAGAACAUUUUCAGCAAAGAGCUCUUGGCUUGCAAGAUAGGGGAGGCUUCCAAGAAAAUACCAUCAGCCCUUUGCACCAAUACCUCCACAGAGAAGGCAAAGGAAGUACCUGAUGCAGAAGAAGCAAAAGACCAAGAUACUGAGCAGGUAUCACCGAAAACAGAAAUGACAGGACUGGCUCCCUGGCAAGAAGGAGUCCUGGAGAGGUUGAAGAAAGAAGUUGGUGUAGCUGAUUACAAUAUGUAUCUGGUACAUCAUGGGGGAAUGCUCAUUCGCUUUGGCCAGCUAGCUGCUUGCACUCCCAAAGAAAAAGACUUUGUGUAUGGGAACCUGGAAGCUCAGGAGGUAAAGACUGUCUACACCUUCAAAGUGCCAGUUAGUUAUUGUGGCAAAAGAGCACGACUAGGAGACGCCCUGGGACACAAGAUGCCAACCUCAGACAAGUUGGUGGACACCUCAGAAUUGGGAUUAAGCCUAGAAGAACUACCUAAAGCAAAUAUGAUUAAAACCACACUGUUAUGUGCACUGGAAAAAGAACUGAAAGGCCAUGAGAUCUCUGAAGCAAGGGGUAUUGAUGGACUUUUUGUGGAUUUUGCAACACAGACAUACAACUUUCAGGUGGAGUCCUUCUCCCCCAAUGCUGUUCUAGCAGAUAUUGUGGAUGAAAAAAGCCCACCCGAACUCCACGUGGAGCUCUACACAGAAUGCGUAACAAGGAGACACAACAAAAGCAGUUCGGCUUUCACAUUCACAUGCAGUCACUUCUUCAGGAGGGAUGAGUUCCCUUCACAUUUCAAGAAUGUGCAUGCUGAUAUCCAGUCAUGUCUGGAUGGAUGGUUCCAGCAUCGCUGUCCACUGGCCUACUUGGGAUGCACUUAUGUUCAAAACCACUUCCGCCCCUCUGGACAUAAGGCCAAGGUUAUAUACAGCCAGCCUCUCAAGACAUUUGCUAUUAAACCAGAGGUUGACACCCUCCUUGCUGAAUCAGGGAAGUGCGACUCCACAGAGGCUAAUCAAGGGAGAAAUAAAGACUCACUAAGUAGCCUGCCAGUAGAAGUGCUCAAGUACAUUGCUGGGUUCCUGGACAGCUUCAGCUUAUCUCAGCUAUCGCAAGUGUCAGUGCUGAUGCGGGACAUCUGUGCCACGCUUCUUCAAGAGAGGGGAAUGGUCCUACUGCUCUGGGAGAAAAAAAGGUAUUCCCACGGAGGUACUUCAUGGAAAGCUCGCAGAAAGAUCUGGCAGUUCAGCAGCCUGUUCUCCAGAGUUAACAAAUGGCAGUUCAAUGAUGCUGUGAGCAUGUCUGAACACCUGAAGAAUUGUCCUUUCUAUGACGUGGAGCACAAGAAGGACCCCGUGUUGCUGACGAGCAUGUGCGAACCUCGAGAGCACGUUCAAAAGACCUUGGUCUCUACUUUCAAGCGCAGAUUCUGAACGACUUAACGACCCACGACCCUUUCCUCGUGGUCCUUUCAAGGUCAUUUGAAAGAAGAUUUAGGAAUUCAGUUGCAAAGACUGUUGUUUCUAACUCUCCUUUGGAAAUACAACAUUGGCUUCCCUCCAGCUAUGUCUGGAACAUCCUGCAUCUCUUUCCUGCAUUAUUUAAUUGUUAAGACGUCAUCCAUAGAGUUCUGGCACACUACUCACUGAUAUCAUGUGCUUUCUGUUUAUUCUCCUGUUCCUUGCUUAAUUGAGAAACCUGGAGAAAGUAAUAAUGAUAUUGUUUGAAAGUGGCAUCUUGGCAGCCUUGAAGAUAGGCCGCUGCUCCUACACUGAGAGUGUCUCUGAGAGAAGCAAGAGCAGUCAAUGUAGGUACAUUAAUGUAGGUACAGCUUGACUAGAUCUGGACCACCUUUCUGUGGGCUGGAGAAGUUCUGAGCACACAGACAGAGGUCUGCCAACCUAGUUGAGGUAUUCUGAGAUGUGGGCAAAGGGAAAGGAGCCCCUAAAAUAAAGUGAAUAAAUUAGAACUCCAGUGAGGACUCAGGAACGCACCGCACAACCACAAACCACCAUUUGGGGCCCUAAUUCAGGCAAACACGCCUAUUUGGGAGAGCAUUUGGGUGCAUGCCUGAAGUUGAGCUCAUGGGAACACUGAAACCCAACCAAAGCAAACUAACUCGCUCAUUCUUAGAAAGAAUCAUGUUGCAAAUAGUUUAAAUCUGUUGAUCUUUUAUAUUUUUCAAUCAAUAACUAUCUCUAAAUGUUUCAUUCAAAUAUCCACCAAAGCCAUCAAAAAUUAUUUGAAGAUACUUUCAGAAUGUCUUACCUAAUCAGUUUUGCAAUAAACAAUUUGUCACAGUGAGAUUUUUUUUUCCAUAAAACAUUCAGCCACCCAUUUAGAAAUGGUAUGGAUAAUGUUUACUACAAUUGAAAGGGGAAAAAAUGGAAGAAAAUCAGGAAACAUGGGAGAUAUCAGAUGGAGUAUAAAGAUUUUUUUCUAUUUUAACAGAGCAGAAAAGUGGUUAGGACUUGGCUGAUUUUUUAAUAAGUAAAUUCAGUUGAGAUAAGUUAAAUUGAGAGAAAGCGGGCAUGCUAUGAACAGUGGCUGUCUCAUUCCAAUAUUUAGACUGAUUUCAGACAUGCUAGUUAGAAAUGCCACAGUUCUGAAAUGGCUUUAGAGUGAUUCAACAGCUUGCAGACUUUGCAUACAAUCACUUUCUUUUUUAAGCUCAUAUGCGCGAGCUCAGCACAUGUGAUCUGACUUUCACCUCACAGGCAGGGGGUACCAGCACUCGUGGAUCUGUGGUGGCCUGGGCCAGGCGCUCACAUGCGGAGUAGGUGCUGGUGCCAUUGCUCUCGCUAGCUGGGCCAGCUGGAUUAAACCUGACUCAGGUGUAUUGAGACAUGCUGCACUUGCAGCUCCCCAUUUUGGUGCAGAUCUAGCAUGAGCAGACUACACAAGCUCUUACUGAUAACGACUGCCACUUGUGGUUGCUGAUGAACUUGAACCAAGCCCAUGGUAACCGAAGGGAUCGAUUGCGUGGUGCCAGAAACAACACUGAGUACAGUUUGUCCUCAUCUGUACUUGCAGCUUAAACGGUCCCUGUGAUAUUCUAUCGUAUGAGGAUAUUUUUCUUCUCCAGAUACAUCUAUUGAUUUGUGGGGGCACAGAUUAGUCCCAGGGUUAUCAUCAGGACUAACAGCAGUUACAGGUUUUUUUUCAGUUUUCUGUUGCCUUUCCCUAGAGAGCCUUCCUGGGAAGUCUCAUAAUGCUGUACGCACGAGAAUAAAUCUGUCUGCCUGUGGAUCCUGGGGAAAACAAGACAAGUAGCAUCCCAAUUUUAUGUACAGAGAAUUGAGGCAAAAUGACACGGGGAAUCUGAGCUGGGUCGGGCUACAGUUAAAGCUGGGUGUUCUGUUUUUUACUCCUGGGGUUUAAUCACUGUGCAAAAACAAACUUACUGUCCUUUAAAGAUGCCUACAAAAAACUCAUCUGUCCUCAGAAAAUCCACUAUGAAGUAGGUUGUCCAAUAUUAUCGCUUUGUGUUUUACAUAGGAAAGUUGAUGCAUGUGAGAACACACAAACUUUCUAGACUGGCCUUUACAUGAGGGCCUCUUUCGCGAAAGAUGCUGAACAGCUGCAAACACAUGUCCAAAAACCAGGUGCCAGUGUGUAAGCUUGGUACUUAAAAAUGAAGGCACUCAAAGUUAUGGACAAUUUUAGGAGAAAAAAGGAAGAGCCUUAUACAUAGAAUCUCAGAGUGUUCAAGGUGGGUAUAAGUGACCAUUAGAAAGUAAAUUCAGUCUGCGAACUGUCUCUUACUCAAUCAACUACCUAGCUGCUGUAAACUGGUGUAGCUCCACUGAAAUUGGUUUAUGUUAGUGGUGACUCGGGCUCUCUAGUAUCAAGUGUCACUGGCAUUGCUGCUAUCCUGGUUCAGGCCUACUUCUGUCAGCUUCAGGGGAUUUUCUUCUUGUAUCUUCCUUUUUCCAGAGAUCUUCUGACUUAUGUUGCAGCCUUAUCAUCAGUGAUCUUGCUUCUUCCCUGGAAAGGAGGUGCCAAAAUCAGACUGCAGAGGGGCUGCAGCUUUGGCAACUGUGGUCGUUAAAGGUGUGGGUUAGAGAGAGGAGUGUCACAACGACUGUGUCUAGGGACCAGCCUGGGUUAGGAUGCAACAUCUAGGUCACUAGACAUCAAUCCUUUUCCCUUGGGUAUACUGGAGAUACACAGGCUCCUAAUUCACUGAGAGAGAAAGAAACAAAUUCAUUUGGGUAAAUAGAUAUGCAUACUUUUGUAAACUGUAAAUUUGGUUAAGUCAACAAGAUUUAUUUAUGGCCUAUGCUUCAGCAUAUACAGUAGAAGCUGAAAAUCCACAGUGACCUUUAGUCUGGUUAAUCCCACCCUGGAAGAGGGAAGAUGGUACAAUAAAGUGACGGUCCCACUCAGAACGGUGAGAACCUACCUCACAGAUGCCAGCUGAUAGCAACGUCUUACUUUAUCUCCCAUUUAACAGCAGAGGAGAGUUGUGGGCUGGUAUCAGAUGCAGUUUAACUAAUCAGAGCAUGUAUGCCAGGCUAGCCCAAUGUGGAUGGUCCUACUCAUUAGCAAGGAGCUUAGCUGAGCUGCAAGGAAGUUGAAUUUGCCUGCUUUACUUAGCUUCGUGAAAACAACACACCCUUAGUGGAUUUAGCAAGUCUUUAAGCUCCUAGUUUAGGCUUGUAACUUGAC